AUGGUACCGUGGAACGGACCCAGAGCGAAGGUGCAAAUCAAAUUAUCGAUCCAACGAUUACGUACCCUUCAAGAAAAGAAAUUGGCAUUAGCUAAAUUAUCCAGAAGGGAAAUAGCAGAUUUAGUAGGUAAAGGUAGGAUUGAAACUGCUCGAUUAAGAGUAGAAGGUUUAGUUCAAGAUGAUAUAUAUGUUGAAUUAUUGGAGGUCUUAGAAUUAUAUGUGGAGACACUUCAAGCUAGGUUCAACUUACUUGAUUCAUCAACUGGCGAAACACCCGAACCAUCAAUAUCAGAUGCAGUAUGCUCUAUAGUAUACGCUGCUCCAAGAACUGAGUUGAAAGAAUUACAAGUAUUGAGAGAGCUGUUGAUGCAUAAAUACGGACGUAAUUUCUCUAUAUCAUUAUUACCUUCAACGCCACCACCUACACUUGUACCUCCUAGGGUAUUAUCUAAAUUAUCAGUAUUUGUACCUUCGAAAGAACUGGUUGAUGCUUAUUUAAGUGAGAUCGCAAAAGGAUAUGGAGUAUCUUGGGUUCCUGAAACAGUUGCAGAAGAUCAAGAUGAUGUUGAACCACUCCAAAGGGAUAGACGAGACGAUGACGAGAAUUCAAACAAUGGACACGACGGUGAUGAAGGAGAUAAUGAAAACGGUCAAGAGGCAGGUAAAGGAUCAAAAGAUGGGAAUGAAGAGGAGCAGAAAGAUAUAACGAAGAAAAAGGAAAAGGACACUUCGCCAGAGAAAAAAGUUCCUUCACCUAAACCUCCCCCUGCUAAGAAACUAUCCGAAGAAGAAGAAUUGGCUCAACGAUUUGAGCGACUGAAGAAUCUACGGUGA